CUGUCAGGAAAGGCUCUUUGGUAGAAGGUGACGGUGGCAUGGCUGUGCCCCAGCCUUUCCCAUCGGGGCCCCACCUCCAGCCUGCAGGUGCCCUGAUGGAGCCCCAGCCCUCCCCUCGAAGCCUGGCCGAGGGCUUCCUGCAGGAGGAGCUUCGGCUUAACGAUGAGCUGAGGCAACUGCAGUUUUCUGAGCUCGUGGGCAUCAUCUACAACCCUGUGGAGUACGCGUGGGAGCCACAUCGCAGCUACGUGACCCGCUACUGCCAGGGCCCCAAGCAAGUGCUCUUCUUGGGCAUGAACCCAGGACCCUUUGGCAUGGCCCAGACGGGGGUGCCCUUUGGGGAAGUGAGUGUAGUCCGGGACUGGUUGGGCCUUGGGGGGCCUGUGCGGACCCCUCCUCAGGAGCACCCCAAGCGACCAGUGCUGGGACUGGAGUGCCCUCAGUCCGAGGUGAGCGGUGCCCGGUUCUGGGGCUUUUUCCGGAACCUCUGUGGACAGCCCGAGGUCUUCUUCCGUCACUGUUUCGUCCACAACCUGUGUCCAUUGCUCCUUCUGGCUCCCAGCGGGCGCAACAUCACCCCCGCCGAGCUGCCGGCCAAGCAGCGCGAGCAGCUCCUGGGGGUGUGUGACGCGGCCCUGUGCCGGCAGGUGCAGCUGCUGGGGGUGCGGCUGGUGGUGGGCGUGGGCCGCCUGGCGGAGCAGCGGGCGCGGCGGGCUCUGGCCGGUUUGAUGCCCGAGGUCCAGGUGGAGGGGCUCCUGCACCCCUCCCCUCGCAGCCCACAGGCCAACAAGGGCUGGGAGGCGGUGGCCAAGGAGAGACUGAACGAGCUGGGCCUGCUGCCACUGUUGACCAGUUGAGCAGCCCUGCGCUGGCACAGGACAUGUUCAAGGCCUUUCCUUCUGGGCCAGCGGAUGACCACACGCCUCGGACUGGAGCCACAAGGUCCCCCUGGGCUCCUCAGUUUGGGGGACCUGCCGUUUUGACAUUGCUCCUGCUUGCCCUCCUGAUUCCUGCUCACUUCACCAUCCUUCCGUCUGUGGUACCCAAUUCCACAGAGAGCCAACAUCUGUGAGCCGCUCUACCUCGCUGCUUCCCUGGAGCCUCUCUUCGGAAGAGAGUGACCCCAACAGUGACUUCUGAGGUCCUAUUUGCUGUUUUAGAGAAAAGAUCCCACUAGGAUCCCCACCUGUCCUAGAACGGCUUCCUGCAGCUCACCCGUCUCCCCACAGGGACUGGGACAAAGCAUGAGUCGUGGCUGCUAAAAGUGAACUUCUGAUGAGAGGCUGAGGGUGGGCCAGGGGGAGGUCAGGGUGGCAGCAUGGGAAAGGCCAGAAGACCUGGAUUUCCAUCCCAGCUCUGAGACUUGUGCACUUUGUGAUUUUGGACAAGCGGAUUGACCUCUCCAAGCCUCAGGAUCCUCAUCUAUCACAUGGGGUCCCUGCCUCACCGGGCUGGUGUGGGGAUUAACUGAGAUAACACUUAGAAGUGCCUUGCGUAGUGCCUGGCACGUGGGUGCUCACUACAGCUUUUCUGGCUUUCCUGCCUCCUGGUUGGGGAAGCACAACACUACACUACACAGGAAGCCCCUCCGCCCUGAAGACCGGGGUGAGGGGCAGGGUGGGGGUCUGGGCCUCCACCCAUAUCCUGAGUGGCGGGCAGGGUCUUGCCCUGCCAGAGAUGGACCAAUGACUUUAUGGAAAACCCAGCCUGUGAUUUUUCAGGCUAAGCAUUAAAAGCUCCUAAACCCUUUUGUGUUGGCCCUUUUUCCCCUCCUGCACGUCAGGGGUGGAAGGUGGUAGUUUAUAUUUUCCCUUACCUCUUCCUGUUUGCAAAAGGUUCUCUUGGGUGGCUGGGUAAUGGUAUGAAGUCUCUAAUUACCUUGCCAGAGCUGCAGGAUCUCUGUUAGAGGCCUGUCGAGUGGUUUGUUUGCUAUCUGUGGCACUUUGAUGGGUGGAUGGGAGCCUGGUAUCUCCAGCUAACUCAUUUCUUACCUCUGCUGCAUGUCUGCCCCUGGGAAAGUGAAUCCAGUCAGGAGCAUAGACCACCUUAAUAAGGAACACAUGAUUGGACUCUAGCUCCUGGUAUAGACCAUCUCCAGAUCUCAAAGUAAGAUUUUUAAUAUGUGUCCUCCCCAUCGUAUAAUAAAUAAAUUGAGUAGCUUCCAUUCUUGGUUGUUGAGAGGGAACCUCUUGGUCCUCGGCAUUUCCCAAGCACUGGGAGUUUUGUCAUUCAUGGUGGGACCCUCAGACUACACAUGAGCUUCUGCUGAAAUUUGACUCAGGAGAGCUGACCAUGCCCAAAAGACCAACUAUGUGAUCAGAGGAUGGGGACUUCAAGCCAGGUGAUAUCAGCCUGAACCCCAGGGAGGGGAGGCAGGGUUGGAGAUUGAACUCAACCAUGUGGUUAAUGAUUUCAAUCAGUUCUGCCUUCAUAAUGAAACCCUAUGAAGAUUCUGGACACGGAGACUUCGGUGAACUUCCUGACUGGUGAACACAUGGGUAUGUCAGGAGAGUGGUGUGUCCUGAUUCCAGGGGAGAAGGGACAUGAAAUCACUUUGGGACCCUCCCAGAUCUUGCAUUAUGUGUCUUCACUUGGCUCAUCCUGAUUUGUAUCAUUUAUAAUAAAACUGUAAUAAU